CGAUUAUUGAUUCCACAUAUCGUUGGUUGACCCUCGUCCAAAACCAGUGCACCAAUCUGAAAGGUAAAGCACACAUGAUAGUAGUUGGUAGCCAUGGCUGACCAGGUGAAGGAAAUGGGAGAAGAUCUACAAGCAAAAGAGAGCAUCUUUGCCCCCAUUAUCAAGCAAUUCCCAAAGUUUGAGUUCACAGAGUUCAUUCCAAUGGAUUGUCGCUUUGCUGAUUCGAAUGAUAUGACAAAAGCAAGACAACAGAUUCAGAAAAGCUCCGCUAUUCUCCGCUCUCCAGAAACUAUCAGCCUAAAUGCUCACACCUUUUACAUCUAUCUUGCCGAAAGCUUCAAAGACGAACUUGCUUUGUCUUUGAGAAAUGUCUACGAAAGAAUUAAGAGCGAUCUUAACGAGGGUCUGUCAAAACGCACCCAAGAUAUUCUUUCUUUCAUACCCAGCACCUUGUAGAGAUCUGUGAUCAGCUGCAUAAAAGAGGUCUCCUCUUGUUUCUCCGCAAUGACAGCUCUCCAGAGAAGUCUUUCUUAGGGAUUGACCAAGCAAUGCUUCUGUCCAGAGUCACUGGGACCGUGUUUGCUCCUGAAAGUUUCCGCCAGCACUGCAAGCUAGCUUCAAGCACUGGAGUAGUGCCUUUGUCGAAAUUCAAGAAAGCAUUCAAUGGCUACGACAUAGAGAUGCUGAUCGCCUACAUGUCUCAUUUAGAGUUGUGUUUCGAAAUUAUUGACAAGCAAGUGUUGCAUUUCAUUUCGAAGGAGAUUGCUUCUUCCACUGACAGAGAUACUUCUGUUCCUGAGUCUGACACUCGAUACCUCUUCUUUCCACGGCUGAUUCGAAUCAACACUCCAGAGCAAGUUUGGAAAGAAGCUCAAAGCAUCAAGUACCUCUUUGGUUGGGUACUCGAAACUUCUCAAAACACAGAGUUUUUUGAUUCACGCUGCCUUCAGGUCCUCAUUCUGAGGAUAGUGUUCAUGUUCCGACUUUCCUCUGCCAGCAUAGUACUAGAUGAUGUUCCUUCCCUGCAGAGAUUCUGCUCUGUGUGGAAGAGUGGGAUCUGCUGGUGCAACGAUGAUGGGAUCACCGCACACCUCGAGCUUGCUGAAAAUGGUCAAUCUCUUGUUCUCAAAUUGCGUUCUGACACAGUUCGACCUGAAGGUCUGAUUCAUCGAUUUAAAAUUUUCAGCACAAUUCGUGAGACUGUUAAAAGUUUUGGCCGCAAUGUGAAUGUGAUUGAAUCGAUUAUUGAUCCAAAUGAAGUUGUCAAGCAUUGUCUGAAAUAUCCCUCUGACCUUCCACUGGUCAACAUCAAAGAUAUUGCAGCAGCUGUCUCCUCCAACAGAAACACAAUCAAAUCGACACAACAAAUUGCCUUUGGCUUCAAGCACCUCUUACAGUUUGAGCCGUACGCUGGCCUGGAUCAAACCACCAUGCAGUGUAUCCACAGUGACAAGAAUGCCAAGAAAGAUGAGAAAAUCUGCAGAGCUUUCAUUUCCCAUUUUGCCGGCCAAUUUGCCAACCCCGACAUUGAAGAUCGGGAUCAAGUAGCUCGAAACAGUCACAAGUACAGAAGAAUUCUGAGCCUUUCUAAUGUCAACAUUCAGUCGGUCAGUCCCAGACAGGAGGUGGUCCAGGCCCUUGAGAUGUGGAGGAGUGAGACUGAGGGAACUUAAAGCUGUCUGAGGAAGACUUUCAACAAGUACAGCGUCUUCAC